AUGCUAUGCAGCGUCCUCGCUGGGCGCCCGGCGCACGCGCUCCGGGAGACGAAGUGCAGCGCUGGUGUCAAGGGGUACGAGAUCUUUUCGCCCUCGAAGAUCAAUGUCUUCCUUCGAAUCGUUGGCAAGAGGCCCGACGGGUUCCACGAGCUGGCGUCGCUGUUCCACGUGAUCGACCUCGGCGAGACGCUGACGUUCGAGGACAUGGUCGGCGGUGCGGAGGACGCCCUGACGUGCGACGACCCUGGAGUCCCCACCGACUCCUCCAACCUCGUCCUGCGCGCCAUCGACCUCUACCGGAAAAAAACAGGACACACCAAGAUGUACCGAGCGCACAUCGCGAAGAGGGUGCCCUUCGGUGGGGGUCUCGGCGGCGGCUCGGCGAACGCGUCGACGACGCUGUUCGCGCUGAACGACAUGGCGGGGGGGGGGGUGUCUGAGGCCGACCUGCUGGAGUGGAGCGCGGAGCUCGGCUCGGACUGCCCCGUGUUCUUCUCGAAGGGCGCCGCGUACGUGACGGGCAGGGGGGAGUUCGUCGAGGACGUCCCCUCCCCGUUCGACCCCGCCACGCGCCUGGUGCUGGUCAAACCCCCCGUCGGCCUGUCCACGCCGGAGAUCUUCCGCGCGUUCGACCUCAGCAAGACGUCGCAAGCAGACCCGAAGAAGCUCAUGUCCGAGAUCGCGGCCGCGGGUUGCGCCACCCAGGAGCAGUGCGUCAACGACCUGGAGCUGCCAUCUUUCACCAAGCUGCCGGAGCUGGAACAACUCAAGGAAGCGCUGAGAACGUCAGGCUGCUUCGAGGCCAGCUUCAUGACGGGGAGCGGCUCGACGAUGGUCGGCAUGGGCGGCGCCGGCCCGCUGCCGCCCGUGGUCGAGGAGGCCCGGGCGGCCGGGUCGUUCGUGACGGAGGCUCGCUUCAUCACACGAAAGGAGGGGGAGUGGUUCAAGCCCGCGCAGCGCUGA